AUGACCUCCUCCUCGCCGCUGCUCUUGCUCGCUCUCAUGCUGGCCUGGUCAGCACCAGCCUUCCUCCUGGCGCGCGCCGGCGACCAAGGGCUCAAGCGCAUCCACCUGUACAUGCACGAGACCUUCGCCGGCCCCAACGCGACGGCGAUCGUGGUGGUGCCAUCACCACUGGGCGCCAACGCGACGUUCGGGCUGGUCGGCGUGCUUGACGACGAGCUGCGCGACGGCCCGGACCCGAAGAGCUCGUCGCUAGUGGGCCGGUACCAGGGCAUUUUCGCUGGAGCCGGGCUCGUGAGCCCGCCGGGCAUGCAGUCGGCGAUCAAUUUCGUGUUCACGGCCGGGGAGCACAGCGGGAGCACGCUGGCCAUGCUGGGGCCUGUUCUGAGCUUCACGGGUGCCAUCGAGCGCGCCGUGGUGGGCGGCACCGGCGCGUUCAGGAUGGCGCGUGGGUACUGCGUCAUGAUGGCCGCGGGCAACCCCACGCCUGACUCCAUCGUCUACGAGGUCGACCUAUUCGUGAAGAUGGAUUAUGCCUGAUCAUUUCCCUCUUCUCGUAACCUGUAUCGAUCAUUAUCGUGUACUACCAUGCAUGCUGUAGAGUGUUGUACAAGGAAGAAUAGCAUUUGCCAGUGCGCAGCCCAUUGCACAUCGUUCAGGAGAAAGGGCUCAGUCUCUUUCCGAUCUGAGCCCAUCUGCCGCUUCUUUUUUGAUGCUCAAACAAAAAAAAAUCUGCCGCUUUUUUCGCUUUUUUUUCUCCAUUUCAGCCCUAUAAUUAUGAUUGUAUCGUGUAUAUGCGUGAAUGUGAGCAUCUUCA